AUGGAGCACUCUACCAACUGUGAUUCACCUUGUAAUGGACAGAGUGUAGGGGUGAUCCCAAAUCAGAUGACUACCGAGCUGAAAUGUGACCUUCAACCAAUCAAUAUUGAUUCGAUUUCUUGCUCUGACUCUGAUGCUAGCUCUGUGGUUUCUAUAAAGGAGGGUUGUGGAUCACCUAUGUCAUCAUGGGCUUCCGAUCCCGAAACUGAUAUCUCAUCUGUGACCAGUUGUCAUGUAAUGCCUGAUGAAUCCCUUCAGGAUGUUGACCUUGAAGGAAACUAUCCUGAUUUGGAAGGAGAAAACCAGUUCGUCGGUGUGGAAAACAAUGAUGAUGGUUUCUCGUGGGAGAUGGACAAUAGAAGUUAUGAAGAGUUGCUCAAAAAGUUCAUUGAAAAGGAGGAAGAGUUAAGAGUUUCCAAUUUUAAGCUUCAUCUUUCGGAACAAGAGAUUGUAGGGUUGAAAGUUCAAGCUGAGAAGAGAGAGAGUCAGAUUAAUGAUAUGCAUGAAAAAUUGGAGCUGAAAGAGGAUGAGUUGUAUGAACAAAAAGAGCUUUUGGAUAAAGAGAUUUUCAAGUUGAAGAAUCGAAUUAGAGAAAGUGGAAGUCAACUUGAUGAUGUGCGCGGAGAAUUAAAUCUGAAAAAGGGCCAGCUUGAUAGUGUGCACAGAGAAUUAAAGCUGAAGAAUGCUCAGCUUUUUAUGAUGCGUGAAAAGUUGAAGCUGGACUUGAAACAUGUUCAACUUGAUUAUGAGAGCGAAUUAAAUUUGAAAAACGGUGAUCUUGAUAAAAUGCGGGAAGAGUUGUUGCUGAAAAAGCAUCAGCUUGAUAAUGUCCGUGAAGAAUUGAAGCAGAAAGUGAAGGAGCUGAAUGAACAAAAGGAGCUUUCGAAAGAAGAGAUUUUCAAGUUGAAGACUCAACUUAUAGAAAGUGAGAAUCAACUUGAAAAUAUGCUGGAAGAAUUGGAGCUGAAAGCAGAUGAGCUUGAUAAUGUCCGCGAUGAAUUGAAGCUGAAAGCGGAAGAGUUGAAUGAGCAAAAGGAACUUUCGAAUGAAGAGAUUUUUAAGUUGAAGACUCAAAUUACAGAAAGUGAGAAUCGACUCGAAAGUGUGCGCGAAGAAUUGAGUCUGAAAAAAGAGGAGCUGCAAAAACAAACUGAUGAGUUGGAUAUUCAUAUAUCAGAAUUUGCCAACAAGAUUACAGAUUUGAUGGAACAACUUAAGGCGGCUCAAAAGAAGGAGAAGAUUUCAAAAAAUGAAGUCGCAAAUUUAAGAGAGGAACUUGAUAGUAAGUCAUCUAUGAUUCAUCAGUUGCAAUGUCAGAUUAAAGAGGCAAAGGAAAAUCGUGCUGCAUUAGAAUGCAACAUAGAAGCCUUGGUUUUAAAUAAAGAGGAGAAUGACAUUAACCACGAGGAGGAGUUGAGAAAAUUGAAUCAGACACUGCUUGAUUCUCAGGUUAUGUUCUCCUGGGAGAGAGAAAAGAUGGAUGCUGAUAUUGCAAGAUUGUCAAAACUGAGAAAACAAUUGACCUCUAAACUGGAGGAAUUCGAGAGUAGAAACAAGGAGUUAGAAAAAAAAGUAAUGCUACACGGAGCUGAAAAAUCGAGUCAGAAUAAGCUGCAUUAUGCCGAAGUAAAACUUUUGCAAAACGAAAUCAGUUGUUUGAAGAAAGAACUUGGUGAAAGGAUGAAUGAUGCAAAAGCUGCGAAUAUGGAAUCAAACAAGGUAAGGAUUGAAAUAAAUGAAGCCAAUGGCAAGAUUGAUAAGCUUAAGACUGAGAUAUGCUCGCGGGGCGAUCAAAUAUCACAUAUGAAGAAUCAUAUAGACGAGCUGAACACGUCACUGAAGGAGCUGGAAGUCCACUAUAGAACUAAAGUGAAUGAUGAAAAUAAGCUGAUAAUGCGAGUUGAAGAACUUGAAAAAGAGGUGAGUAAACAGAAUGUUGUGAUCUCAGAAAAGGCUGCAGAAAAGCCUGGGGAGAAGAAGGAGGCAGUUAAGCAACUAUGGAAUUCACUUGAGUACAAUUGGAGUGGAUACAGUGACAUAUUCAAGCGUUGA